AUGUUGCAGUCAUCAUUCACCACACCUUAUCAUGCUAUGGGAAAUGGGUUGGUGGAACGGUUUAAUGAUACCCUAAAGAGAAUGCUCAGGAAGAUGUUAAUAGAGCAACCCAAGGAGUGGCCAAGGUACAUUAACCCGGUACUGUUUGCCUACAGGGAAGUACCCCAGGCAAGUACCUGGUUCUCACCGUUCGAGCUCCUGAAUGGUCGCACGGUAAAGGGACUGCUGCAUGCAUUGAAGAAUCUAUGGGAGGAGGAAGACUGUACCCCAGAAACCAAGACGACGUAUGAGUACAUCAUAGAUUUGAGGAACCGUCUAGAAGAGACAUGCAAGUUGACCAGGGAGAAACUCGCCAAGGCCAAAGAGUACCAGAAGAGCAGGUACUGUCAGAAGGCCAGGGAGAGGAAGUUUAAAGUGGGAGAAAGUACUCCUAAUUCUCCCUACAAGCAGGAAGAAGAAUAUCGAGUCCCUUCGACUGCUACAGUGGAGGGACCCUUCACCAUCACUGAGUGCAGUCACUCAUUGACGUACGUCAUAUGCGUAAAGGGGGGUCAAUAA